AGACCGUUCUCUCGCAAUAGCUCUCUCUCCAUAGAAUGAUGGUAUUCUGGCGCAGUCAAGAUGGCGUUCGAUCGAGAGGAAUACGCUUACUAGAAAAAGUAUGUGGAAAAAAAUGCCGCGUAAAGGCAAGAGCGACGCGUGCGAACGUGCUUGAAGUUUCGCUUUUGUCGUUUAAAGAUUUCGAUAACCUCGUGAUCGUCCGCCAUCCGGGCGGGCCGAAUUUUAAAAUGCCGACGUGGAAGAGCUCAGACGUAAUUAGACGGGAUACCAGAUUCGUUUGCUGAUUCUCAAACGCGUUUGCCGGAGAACCGCGAUCGUCGAGCGGCGAACAACGACGCUAUGGCGUCCAUCGGAGCCGUGUAUGUGUGUGUCAAUAAUUUUUCAUCUACAAUUAACGACUAAUUAAAUGGUCACUUCUUAACUCACGAACAGCAACAGGAUCGUAAGAGAUUUUCUUUUAAACCAAUCAUUAUACAAAGGGAUUUCCUGAUACUUCUUAAACGAGUUACAUACUUAAAAAACACAAACACUUUUCUGAACUGCCUGGCUUUCCUUCUGUAUAAGGGAAUAGAGAAUUAUGAAUGAACAAUGUAAGAGACAAACAUAAACGUCACAGUUGUCACAGUGUUGUGUACAAAAGUGUUAAGACAUUCCAUGAUUUGGUAUGAUAUUUUGAGGGGAUAUAUAUAUCCUGAUUUACUAGAUUUUGCACAUCAUGUCUAAUAGUUUGGACAGCUUUUUAACGCGUAUUGGGGAUGUCACUAUCGAACGUGUGACACCUCGUGGGGGCCCUAAAUCUAACGAAGCAGCAGUUCAGAAUGAACCUUCGACAAAUACAAAUAUGAAUAAUGCAGAACCACAGACGGCUAACGAGGAGAGCUCCGAAGAGUCCAGUGGGGAAUCGUCCGACGGGGAACAAGAAAAGAAGCAUGGUGCCCUGCAUACAGAAGAAAUAGAAGAAAUACGUUCAGAAGGUUCAGGAGACGACAUGGAUCUGGACGAAACAAUCGAUUCUCAGAUCGGUGUGAGGGUAGAUUCUGAGAGACAAAGUCAUUGUCCGCCGGAAGAAGAUGACGAGGAACCAGUUAAUAUUUUGGAUACUUUACCAUUGGAAGGGGCGCCGAUUGAAGGGCAAGAGGUAUCUGAAGCUGAUUUACUUGGAAAACCAAUUUCCAAGGAUACAGAUGAUGAAAGUAUAGAUAAUGAGAAAACAGGAUCUCAUUCUGGAGCGGAAGAUGGAGCAGAUGGUAAUAAGAGGCAUGGAGAUUCUGAACAUUCUGAAAAUGUAAAAAAGAAACAAAAAAAGGAUGAUGGUACCGAAGAGUCCACAUCAGAAUGUGAAACGAAAGCAGAGAAGAAGUUAGCAAAUAUGAGAAGAAAUAUUCGCGAGGUUAUGGAUGAAACUCAACUUGAUGAAGCUACAUUAUCGGCUCAGCGACAAGAAAUGGAACGUUUGCGACGAGUACAAGAACAACAAAGGAUAAUUCGGGAAGUACAACGUCAAAUGACAAUUAAUCGUCAAAAUAAUAAAACACAAACCAGAGUAAUAAGUCUCUUACAAGGUAAACAAAAUCAGACAGGAACUACUAUUUCCCAAUCAUCCUCUUCAUCAUUAUCAUCUUCAUCUACUCAAGUUCGUUUACCUAACACUGUACUAUUGAAAGUAAAUUCGAGUUCAGGAACAGGAUCUCAAACAACUUCUAAUGUACAGUCUGGACAGAUUCAAAGAAAAUCUAUAGAAGGAACACGUUGGCAAAAGGGUAGAGGUGUCUACCAAAAUGCUCAGACAUCUAUUUCACGAGUUCCAAAUCGUUCUGUUGGUCCAACUAUGUUACAACAAAGAAUAAGAAUGAUGACACCUUCUGUAAGCAUCUCACCAGUGGUUCCUAAAAAAGAACCUAUUGAUAGACCAGAAUAUUAUUCUGAUUCUGAUGUAUCUGAUAUUGAGGCGGAAGAAGCGUUGCGUGAGAAACAUAUGCAUCUGGCGCGAAAAAUGUCAAGUGGCCCUAAAUCUCAAAAAGUAGCGAAAGGUAAAGAUGUAGUAACGAUAUCUAGUUCUAGCGAAAGUUCAGAUGAUGAUUGCAUAGUACUAAGUGAUCCUAGUGGAGAAGAAGAAACUGACAAUGAAGAUGAUCCAUCUAAUUCAGGCAUGCAUACAAAUGAUAGAUAUAACAUUCCAGAUGAACAUGGUAGAGUCUUAAUCAAUGUAGGGCAUCCUGAGACAGAGCCAGAUGUUUUUUUAGCUCCACAGGUAGCACGUAUCAUCAAGCCACAUCAAAUCGGUGGUAUACGUUUUCUAUAUGAUAAUAUUGUUGAAAGCAUUGAGAGGUAUAAAACUAGUUCUGGAUUUGGAUGUAUAUUGGCACAUAGUAUGGGUCUGGGUAAAACACUUCAAGUAGCUAGUUUUUGUGACAUUUUUUUUCGGUGUACCACUGCCAAGACUGUACUUUGCAUUAUGCCUAUUAAUACUUUGCAAAAUUGGUUGGCUGAAUUUAAUAUGUGGUUACCAUAUGAAGAUCCUACAUCCAUGGAAAAGAAUAAAAUUACAAACAUAAAGUCAGAAUCUGAAAUGGAAUCUAAGUCAGAAAUAAAAGAAGAAUGUGGUAGCCAAAGCGAUAUGUCAAACAUAUCCAGGCCUAUAAGUACAGAAUCUGCUCAUCGCUAUGGACAAGAAAAUGUGCCACAGUCUUUAAAUAUUAUGCCAGAGAAUCCAUAUACUCAUCAAGGAUAUGAAAAUCAUAUGAUGUCAAGUUAUGUACAAGACAGUAUGUUAAAUAAAACAAUGCCAGAUCAUCAUGCACGUAUCAACCAAAACUACCCUGGAGAUAUUACACAAUCUUCAAUGUAUAAUACCAAUCCAAACUCCAUGCCUAAUUUUGAUCCUAUGAAACCAGAAUUAAAUUGUCAUACCAUGCAAGGUAGACCAAAUAUACCUCCACCAAAUAUACCACCAUUGAAUAUACCACCACCUAAUUUACCUCCAUCCAAUUUACCUCCACCCAAUUUACCUCCUCCCAAUUUACCUCCCCCCAAUUUACCUCCACCCAACUUACCUCCACCAAAUUUACCUCCACCAAAUUUACCUCCACCAAAUUUACCUCCACCAAAUUUACCUCCACCAAAUUUACCUCCACCUAAUUUACCUCCACCCAAUUUACCUCCACCUAAUUUACCUCCACCCAAUUUACCUCCACCCAAUUUGCCUCCACCUAAAUUUGGUAUGGAAAAUCAGAAUUCUAAUAUGUACACAACCAUGGAAAAUCAAUCACAAGGAACAAUGUAUUCAGAUAUGGAGAACAGAACUUCUGGGCCUAUGUAUCCUAAUAAUCAUCAAUCUGGACCAAUUUAUUCAAAUUAUAAUAAUCCUCCAAGUACCUUUCCCAAUUAUAAUCAACCUCGUCAAGAUUUGGAUCAUGAGCCAAAGAAAGAGAAUAUUUUACAUCAAAAUACGGAAGUUAAUGUAAAGAGAGAACCGGAAGAAACAAUAAAAAAAGAAGAAGCUAUAACUAAAGAAGAAAUAGAAGAUAAAAAGAAUAUAGAAAAAGUCAAAACAACCUAUAUGGUAGAUGCUCCUAUUGGUAUGGAAUUAAGACCAAGACAUUUUCGUUUACAUAUUUUGAAUGAUUCACACAAAACUAUGACAGCAAGAGCUAAAGUUAUACAAGAGUGGCAAACAGGAGGUGGUGUUUUAUUAAUUGGAUAUGAAUUAUAUAGACAGUUGUCUAUGAAAAAACCGAACAAAGCAAAACGAAAACGAGGUCAACCUUUUAAAGAUACGGUUGAUGUUGAAGAAGAAGACAAAAACAAAGGUUUGUUAGAUGAGAUGCACUCUGCAUUAGUUAGUCCUGGUCCAGAUUUAGUUAUUUGUGACGAAGGUCAUCGCAUAAAAAAUUCUCAUGCUAGUAUUAGUAUGGCUCUAAAACAAAUGCGUACGAAACGAAGAAUUGUAUUAACUGGUUAUCCAUUACAAAAUAAUUUGCUCGAGUAUUGGUGUAUGGUCGAUUUUGUAAGACCUAAUUAUUUAGGAACUAAGAGUGAAUUUUGUAAUAUGUUUGAAAGGCCAAUACAAAAUGGUCAGUGUAUUGAUUCAACACCACAAGAUAUUCGCUUAAUGCGAUAUCGAGCGCAUGUACUGCAUGCUCUGUUAGAAGGUUUUGUACAGAGAAGAUCUCAUUCGGUACUCCAAGUGUCAUUACCACGCAAAGAAGAAUAUAUUCUUCUUGUUAGAAUGACACCACAUCAACGUAAACUCUAUGAUACUUUUAUGAAUCAAGUUGUUAAAACAAGAGCAGUCCCAAAUCCUUUAAAAGCCUUUGCUGUUUGCUGCAAAAUUUGGAAUCAUCCAGAUAUACUAUAUUACUUUCUUAGAAAACGUCAAGCAAACGAAGAGGAUGAUCUAGACUUAGAAGAAACAAUAGGAGAAAAAUUAAUACCUGGUGGAAAACGAUCGAAAGCUCGUCAGUCAAAAGGAGAAUCUAAGAAAGGGAAGAAAACAAAUUCAACUAUAAAAAGUAAGCCUGCAGCAAGUGUACAACCUAAUCCUUCCUCAUCCAAUGUUGAUAGUACAGAAGGAGACAGUACACAUUCUAAUACAAAACAAAAUAAUUAUAGCAAUUAUUCUAUGCCUACAAAUAAUUCAGGAUAUUCGAAUUCUAUAUCACAGGCACCUUAUCCUGGAUAUCAAAAUUAUCGUUCGAACGAUCAAAAUACGUAUUACAGAAAUGAUAAUAAUCACGGGGAAUAUAAUGAAUUCUACAAUAAUCAAGGUCAACAAAGAUAUGGAAAUCAACCCUUUCCAACAUAUACACAAAAUACUAAUUAUAAUUCUACACAAGGAUACAACAAUCAGUCACAAAAUUAUAUACCACCAAAUGAUCAAUCUGUUAAUCAUCCACAAAGAUAUCCUUCGGGACCACCUAAUUCAGAUUUUCGUCCGGAUCAAAAUCAAGGAAAUAAUUAUGAAACAUCAGGAAUAUAUCCACGUCAACCAUAUACGUAUCCGGAUCAAGGACGUAAUUAUGGAACAUCCGUAAAUCAAGGGCCUAAUAAUUACUCUCAAGUCUCAAAUCAGACCUCUGCCUUUCAGGCUCAGUUACCUAAUCAAUCUAAUAAUAUACCUGUUCCUGAAUAUUCACCUUAUGCUCCACCAAAUCAAACUCAAAAUUAUGGCAAUGCUGCAGGACAAACAAAUCCUAUGUAUACACGAAAUGAUAAUCAACCUUUACAAACUUCUGCUUUAGGAUAUACUCCUAAUCAAGCAAAUCAGAAUGCAGGACCUCCACCACAAACUACGGGAUAUCUUUCAAAUCAACAAGGACAGAAUCCACCACCUAAUCAAAGUCGUGGUUUUUCUCCAAAUCAACAAAACCAAAAUCUUGGAUUACAGAAUUCAUCUCAUGCUUAUGGAAAUCAGCAAACACAAGCAAUGCCACUUCAGAAUCAACAGCAUGGCUAUCCAACACAAGUGAAUCCUAAUUCUGCUCCACAAACACCUCUUAAUUUCAACCAACAAACUUCAAAUUCAAUACCACAAAAUCAGUCUCAUGGAUAUAUGACAAAUCAGCAAAAUCAAGCUCCAAUUUCCCAGAAUCAAAUGCGCGGAUAUCCGCCAGCAUCAAAUCAGAUCAACGUACCACAAAACGCAACGUAUCCGCAAAGUCAAACAGCUCCCAAUUCUAAUAUUUCGAAUCAAGUACAUGCCUAUUCGUCCGAUCAGCAAGGUCCUAAUGCAAGCACAUCAAACUCUAUGCAUGGAUAUCCUCAUCUUGUACCAUCAUCAACCCCGCAAAAUUCAUCCUCUACAUAUCCACCUCCACAACAAAGUCAACAAUCAGCUGCUCCACCUAAUCAGAAUCACGGAUAUACUACUAAUCAUCAAGGAUCAACACCACAAAACUCUACUCAUAGAUACAAUACAGCACAACAAGGACAAAUUUCUCAACCUACAAAUCAGGCUUUAUCUUAUUCUCAAAAUCAACAGUCACAAAAUUCAAACUUAAAUCAAAAUGACCAACUUUAUCCACGAAAUGAUAAUCAGCAGCAAUCGCAAAAUUAUACAUCAACAAGUGCACCUCAUGAAUUUCCAAACGAUCGUCAAGGUGGAACUACAUCUGCAAAUUCUACUACUAAUUAUCCGUCUAAUCAAACACAAACGCAGAAUCCUAUUUUGUCAACUUAUCCUUCUGAUGGUACACAUCAAAGUCAGGUUGGACAAAUAAAAGGACCUGAUGAUCCAUAUUGGCAACGUGAUUAUUCUGGACAACCAUUUCGGACGGAUCAAUGCAAUGAUACAUAUUACAGAGAUCCUAAUGUAAAUAGGUUUCAGAAUAAUUAUUUCCCUUCACAAAGUUAUUCUAAUCAGUCUUAUGAUUAUGCAGGAAAUCAUAAUACCGACGUAAAUUCUCGCUCUGAUGAUCCUAAAACUUCUCAAGCAAGUAUGGGUCCUCAUAUACAAAAUGCUGGUGCUUGUGAUAAAGGCAAUAAGGAUAUGCCACCUAAUAUAAUCCCAAAUCAGUCCAUGCAUCAGAGUAAUCUUUCUAAUAAAUCGAACUAUAACACAGAAGCCAAUUGUCCAAAUUCUACAACUCCAGGACCUAGAUCAGUACAAGGACUUGGACCAUCUCACAGUCCUCGAUUAAGUCAGGCUGAUUUGUCCAAGGAAGAAGAAAAAGAGAAAGAAGAAUUACUAGAAAAAGAUAAAGAUGAUAAGUCGGACGACGAAAUUCUUACCAAGGAUGAAGAAAAAGAAUGCAAAAGUUCUCCAGGAGGAAGAGAAGAUCCUGGAAUACCAUAUGAUUGGGCGACGGAAUUAAUGAAAGGCUAUGUACCUGGAUUGAUUGAUGCUUCCGCAAAAAUGACCCUUUUUUUCUGCAUAUUAGAAGAAGCGAUACGUUUAGGAGAUCGCGUCUUGGCAUUUUCUCAAUCAUUAUUUACAUUGAAUCUCAUAGAAGACUUCUUAGCCAGAAACAGUUUGAAAUAUCCAGACGGUCAAACGGAUGCUUGGAUAAAAAAUGUGAAUUAUUAUAGACUAGAUGGAAGUACUAGUGCGUUAGAAAGAGAAAAACUUAUCAAUGAAUUUAAUAAUAAUCCAAAAAUACAUCUCUUUUUGGUAUCAACGCGUGCCGGUUCAUUGGGUAUCAAUCUUGUUGGAGCGAAUCGUGCGAUCGUAUUUGAUGCUUCUUGGAAUCCUUGUCACGACACGCAGGCUGUAUGUAGAGUGUAUAGAUAUGGACAGCAAAAGCCUUGCUUUGUUUAUCGGUUAGUGACAGACAAUUGUCUCGAAAGAAAGAUUUAUGAUAGACAAAUAAGCAAACAAGGAAUGGCUGAUCGCGUUGUCGAUCAGUGCAAUCCUGAUGCACAUCUAUCUCUUAAAGAUGCAACUACGUUAUCUUGGGAUUGGGAGGAAGAUAGUCAAGUACAAGAUUUUUCUCAAACAAAAGAUAGUUAUUCAGACGAAGUUAUGCAUCGCGUAUUGGAAUGUCAUUCUUCUCUUCUUACCAAACAGCCAUUCCAUCAUGAAAGUCUUUUGGUAGAUCGAAAAGAUAAGAAACUCAGUCAAGCGGAAAAACGAUUGGCUCGUCGUGGUUAUGAACUUGAGAAAAUGGCUGCAAAUUGUUCUAGACCAAGUUACAAUUAUGUUCCAGGAAAUACGGCAACGAGAGCAGGAGGUUUACAAAUUAGAGCUAUUCGUGGUGGCGACACUGGUACCACAUCAAAACCAGUAGCUUCUGUGAGACCAAUGCAACAACGUGGUGCUGAAAGUUUAGGCUCCCGAAGCGUAACUGGAAGUAGGUGGAUACCUGCAGAAGUAUGGCAGAGACAAGGAAUGAGCGCACAGGAAAUGACAUUACCCUUAGAUGUAGUUAUACCAACUAACUCACCAGACAAAGGAAGCAUUGUAUUGAAAGCAGGACAACGUGUGAUGGUAUUAAAAAGUCCUAAAGGAAUCUAUAUGCAACUUGAAUCUGGUAAAAUCAUUGCAAUUAGAACUGCACUUAAAUUGAAUCAACAGAAACGAGAAGAAGAGCCUAAAAAGGGUCUAUCCUCUAUGGUUCAGAGGAACUCUAAACCCGAGGUUAGCUUCCCAUUAAGAAAUAAUUCAGCAAUUUCUAUAAUACCGAAAUCAUCAACAGGCAAUCAAACUAGUGGACGACCAAUCAAUAAAUCCGGAAGUGGACCUGGUUAUAAACCAUUUGCAGAUAAAGAAAUUUCAAAGAGACCAAAACCUGUUGCAACUGCAGCUGCUAAACCUUAUUUAAAUCAAGUUAAUUUAACUAAUCAAGUUUCUUUAUCAAGAUUACCAAAAGUCAAACAAGAGCCUGUUGAUCAUUCUACUCUUGGCGAAAAUUCUAACUCUUCUGAUGGACAAGUGAGAACGGAACAAAGAGUCGAGGAAGUUAGAUUAGAGGAUGUAGUUGCUGAAGUUAGUUCAAAUACAGAUUAUAGUCCUGCCACUCAUAAUCGUAUUUCUAAUUCAGACACGGAUCCUACUGUACAAAAGUCUGCUGAGGAAGGUACACAGGUCUACAUACCUGAUAAUGUAACUAGCGCACAAAGUGUUCAAACGCAACACGAUCAGUCAGAGUCAGAAUUAUCGACGAAAGUAGAUAAGCAAUGUUCACAGCCAGAGGAAAAAGAGUCUACGAAAGUAGACGCUAUAACGAGUUUUAAUAAUCCAUUUUCUAACCAAAAUGAAAAACGUGAUACUACUACAACUAACGAUGAUAUUAUAAUAGAAGAACAACCACAUCCAGCACCUUCUACUUCCGUACCACUGCAACCAUUGUUAACGCCACAACCAGUAUCGUCGGCUAUGCGAGUACCAUCGACAUCUUCUCUACAGAGAAGUACAGAUACAUCUAAAAAUGUUAUAGAAACAUCCAGUAUGUCCGUUACGUCUGUAUGCACCGGAACAAACACUACAACAACACCAAAAAUAAUAGAACCAUGUGUACGCGAAGCAGCAGUUCAAGGAGAUCCUGCUAAUCUUCCACAAGGUUAUCCUUAUGCUCAAUAUCCAAGGUACUACGACUAUGCAGAUCCAAGAUCACGUUCAUUGCCCAGUCCUUAUGGGACAUAUUUCCCUGGCGUCCCGGCUCACACGACGAAUCCUCGAUUGCCAGUGGAUACGAAGUCACAAUCGGAUGCGGCAAAGCCUAUGGAAGAUCGGGCGAUGAUGAAUGUACCUACUGUAUAUUCUCAAGUAUCUAGUACAACUGCCAAAACAUUAGGAAAUACAACUGAAUCUAAAACUACAGAGACAACUGUUACAACAACAGUAGCUACUGUCUUAAGUAGAGAUGAAACACAUAUACCUACUGCGUUCAGUCAUCCCACGAGUACUCGUUACCCUGGACCUUAUCCACCUGGACCGUAUGAUCCAUAUACGCAACAUUAUCCUCCAGCUCCGGGAUCUACUGCUGCUUAUCCACCAGGUGGAGCACCAGGAUAUCCGGCAUAUGGUGGACCAACAUACAACACCGAAUACGCUCGUAUGUACUCGGCAUUCCAUGGUCCACCUCCUCCGGCAGAUCCGUAUAUGCAUAGGGGCUAUGCGCCACCUUCUUCACACCCUCCUAAUUAUUAUCCACCCUUUCCCCAUCCUCCCCCACCUUAUCCAAAUUAUUCGUUUCUUUCACCAUAUCCCAAUCCAAACAUGCCCAGUGAACCACAACCACCAGCCCAGUAGAAUAUUCGGUUUAUAAUGUAAUUAUUUUAAUAAUUUCGUGGGAUGUCAUAUGUUAUAUGGAUUUGAAGGCUGUCGGGUUUCAGAUCAAUAGCUUAAUAGACUGAAGCUGUAAAACGCAUCGAUGUAAAUAAUUAGUUACAAAAUAUUGUAUUAAGGAAUACAAUUGAAAAAAAAAAAAAAAAAAGUUGUGUCUAAAGCACUAAUUCUGUAUCUAAAAGGAUGAAACGAUAAUCGCCGUUAACUUUGAACUGUGCAAUUUGUUAAAAUGUUCAAAAUACUUUAACCUUCAUACAAUUCUACGAUGCGUUUGUUUAACUAAUCUAUUAAUGUCUAUAAGAGUAUAAGAAUCACUUCUACGUUUGAUCAUCUACAGUUUCAUAAAAUAUUACGAUUAUUUAUAAUUCGUAAUUUGAUAAUACUGAUUUUUAAGUUUACAUUAAUAUAACCAGCUUUGCAAAACAGAUAAUUUUCGAAUAUUUUUAGAAUACAAAAGGUCAAUUGUCAUUCGUAAAUAGCUAUAUUAUUUAGAGGAUUACCAUAUGCUAUGGUAGUAUUCUGAUCAAAUUUAUGAUCAAAUUGUUUUGCGUAUUAACGAUUUUUUACGUUUAUUGUAAAAACUUUGGCAACUGUAAGGUUUUUUAAUAACAAUGGUAAUGUGUUGGAUUGUAAUUACAGAUGACACUAAGAAAUUGAAAUAUGAUUCCAUCACAGAAAGAAUAACAUAAUGGAAGAGAAAGGAACGCUGUAUACUAUCAGUUAGCAUUGUGCACAUACACAUACUCUAUACAAAUCAUUUUCAUAUAUUCCAUAUAUACAGAAAAAAAUUUAUUCUCUAAACAAUAGUAUUUGCUAUUUAAAAGGAUACAAUAUUAUGCGAACACAUUGUGAAAUCCACACCACAGCAUUCCAUCUUUUAAAUAGUCUUCUUUCAAUAUUGAAAAAAAACUACAAGAUUUGAAAACUGACUGUUCCUCCGUAUAUAUUAAUGUGCGAAGAGUAAUGAAUAGUUGCAAACUGUCCAAUUUAUAUAUUGUAAAGCCUAGAACUGUUAAAAUUAUUAUUGCAUCAUGCAAUAUUCCAUCUUAAAUGAAAUCUCUUUAAACUAUUUUAUAAAACAUUGAUGCUAUUAUACAGCAUUGUCUAAGAUAAUUUCGUGUGUUUCAAACCAGUUUGCAACAUGCAUCACACUUCCAUAAAAUAAGUUACGCGAAUUGUGCAUUACAAUUUUUAUUCGUAUGACCUUUACUAAUUAUUCCAUGAGAUUAGUCUUCGCAAAUGCAACAUGUGCUGGAUCUACGUGUCAUCUUUGACUCUUUUUACGUACAUUAUACGUACAGUAUUCACUUGGAACGUUUAGCAAUCAGUAUACAGUUUACAGCAUCCUUAGCAAGUUGUAUAUGACUUCAUAUUAAUACUAAACGUUACGAUUUCUUAAAUAGAUAAUCUUACAGUAGUAUGUAGGAUUGUUGUUAACUAGAAUGUCUUACAGUUAAUGACUUAAUGACUAUCUUGGGAUAGGUUUAAAACAAAAAAAAGAAAAAAAAAUACAGGAAAUGCCAUGAUUUUCUCAAGCGACUCUUCAAACUCGGAACUGUGAUAUUCCGUCAUAUUCUCGUAUAUCAAAUUUUUGAUUAUAAGCUAAUUUGUUUAGAGAUAAAACUGAUCUUUUAAUUUUUAUGUGAAAUAAAUAGAAACGAGAAGUCUCACUAACAAUGCUUCGCGAUCAUAGCUGAAUCGAAAUUAUGCAUUUACGGUAGUGUAAGUUAAUCGGAAGUAUGACUACGAGAUUUCUCAUCAAUUUUCCAAGUACUAUGUAAGAGUCGCAAUGAUGUUUAUCAUGGCCAACCCUUCUGAACAUUAUAGACGAAUUAUUAUAGCAAAGUAAGCAUUCAUGCUACAUAUAUUAUUGGUACGUGUUUCUGAUUGAAUCUGUCACGUGGUUGAUAUUUCUAAAGUGACAGCACCUUGUGAGUUUCUUAUAUGUUAUGGUGGUAUGUUUCAUAGGUUCUAAGUGUACAGGUAUUACAUAACACGACACUCAUACGAGGUGCACCUUUAACAAACAAGUGACAGAAUCUAUUUUAGAACUUAUAAAAAGUAUAUUUACAAAGGAGAAGCAAUUAUUCUGUCUCUGUUAUAGCUUUUUUGCCAUUUACAUACUUGUAAAUAUCCAUUAUUUACGUUUCAUACUUUAUUUAUUAUUAUACAUUAUCCAUUAUUAUUGCUUUUUUUUUGAUGUCAGAGUAUUACUCUUAUGUAAAAUAAAUUGUUUACACUGAUAAAUAUUGUUUUUGAUCAUACUAUUGUUAUACUAAAAAAAAAAAAGAAAAAACAAAAAAGCCUUUGUAUAUUCUUAUUUUUAUGAUAUUAACCCUUAUAUUUGAGCAGUAAAUCCAUUUGAAUUGAAUUAUUGUAUAAUGUAUGCAAAUAUUUAGAAUAUAAGUAAAUAUUACACUUAGGUGUCAGAAUUUAUAUGAUUUAAGUAAAGAAAAUCAUUAUACAGUCAAUGCGUCUGCAGGCAACUAAUCUGCGGUGGACUUACUCUGAAAUACACACCUCUCAUCUGUGCAUAUUAUACUAUUAAAUAUAUUAUACGCAAGCGGGGUUUAUUGAAAAGUUAUAAUAAAUAUAUUGAUAGGAAAAAUAUCACAAUUAUCUCAUAAUUUUUUACAAGUUUUUCUUUCUCAAUUGUAAUUUUUCUAUAAACCAUGCUAUAGUGUAUAAAAAAAAAAAAAUAAAAUUAUUCAAGAUUAUAGAAAGAUGUUUCUUUUCUAAUAUUUUUCUCUUUUUGUUCUAAUUGUUUAACAAACGAUGGGAAAUUGGCUAUCUGAAUAAUGAAUGUAGCAUGUGUAAAUAAAUAUGUGAUGUUUAUACCUUUUAUAACAUUA